CCCCGUCUCUUCUUCGUGGGGGCCCCCUACGCGCGUACCCCCCUGCUUCUCCCGGGGGUAUAAAUGACUCCGGUCUACCUUCCACGGAGUCACAGAACUGAGCGGCAUCGCAGAAGCCGACAUGAAUCUUCUGAUCGCGUGUAUGAUUGUCGGUCUGGCAGGGUUCGCCCUGGCUGAGCCGCCUGUGUCCUCCGGCUACAGUUACAGCAGACCAACCGGUGGUGGCGGCGGGGGUGGCUUCUUCGGCGGUGGUGGCGGUGGCGGCUACACCCAGGUGUCUUUCGGUGGUCAGAGCAGCGAAGGUGCAUCCGUGGAUGGUGCCCUGCUCGAGCAGAUUCGUCAGAUCCUCCUGAAGGAAGAGUCGCAAUCGGGCGGCGGAUUCGGCGGUGGAGGUGGAUACUCGGCGCCUAGCUCCAGCUACGGUGCCCCAUCCGCACAAUACGGUCCCCCGUCAACGCAAUAUGGCGUGCCCAGCUACCAGACUCGUGUCGUAGGAAUCGAUCUCGAGGGCAUCAGGCAGGCUAUCCAGGUCGCCCAAUUCAACCAGGUCAGCCAAGGACCGGGAGGUUAUCCCAGUGGACCUAGCACCAGUUACGGAGCGCCCAGCAGGCCGUCCGGUAGCUACGGUGCACCGUAUUAAGGAUCAUCUUGGGUUGGAUGAUGAGAGAGAGAGAGAGAGAGAGAGAAAAUAAGAGAAUGAGAGAGAGAAAGAGAGCAAGAGGAUGAGAGAGUUGAUAAUGGCACCGGCCGACAACAACGAUUACUUUCCGAGAUGCAGCUGAAACACAUAAUAUAAAAAGACUAUGGAGAAGAUCAGAUAUACUUGGAAAAAGGUCAUAGAUAUCACCAGAUUCUCUCACAAUGGUACAUUCCUCAGGCUCGUCAACUCGGAAGGUCGUCGAUAUCAGGAUUAGAAUAUCGAGCGGAUCCGUAGUUUUGCCGCAGAUCGAGAUUCAAAGACGAGCUGGAUCACCGAAAUUGGCGUUACUCCCCUUCGUGGUUCCAGCGUCGUCGCGCGCCCCCAACUAAUGCUCAACUAGAGGACACGUCAGAUGGAAACGUGUGCGAAGGAAAGCGCAAAUGGCGAUCCGCGGGAUGGCACCUAGUCCGUUGAGGAUCAAAUAGUCGUCGCUUCAACGGGUCAGGGUCUCCCGGGAUCCGCCGGGAAGAAACGCACCGUCUCCGAGCAGCAUCUCUUUCGGGCCCCUGGCUUGUCGGGAAAUCCAACGGUCGUCGCUACGACAAGAUAAGGGGUCCGUGGGAAUGUGAAUGUGGCCAGUUUUUUUUUCUUUUCUUUCGGAAAAGACUCGGUCGGAAAUGAAAUCUUGAGCGCAGUCGGCACGGUGCCGAAGUCUAUCGUACCAAAAUCGCAUCAAUCGUCGCGGUCAUCGAUGUCAGUCGCGCGAGGAUCAGUGAUAUCGUAGGGAGGCAGGCGCAAUCGCUGAUAACAGACACACUUCACACAUUCCCGAUCGUCGGGACACUCAUAGAACAAAGGAGGAGAAGGAGGAGGCCGACAAGCCGAAGACGUGAUUGGCGCGAUUAGCGCCUUGUAAAUAAAAUUCUACACAUGAUCGCUAUCUCGCGGCGUCCGCUGCGUAAUUCGCUUCGGCUCUUCCUCCUCAAAGAUCGAUUCAUCAGUAUGAUACGAUCAAAGACCUUGAGGAUAUCAAAGCUGAUAGAUUCAGCUGGAGAGCAGAUUCUUCCAACUGAAGACUGAGAAAAUCGCGGGAAAAAAUAUCCGAAUAGUAUAAGGUCGAUUUCGCUUAGGGUAACCGACCUCUAUCUGUUCGCGAUAAGAUUCACCGAGGAUGUUCAUCGUAAACGGAAGAGCGAGACGGAUUACAGAGCGGACGCCGCCGUGUCGGAGACACGUACACGCGAAGCCACACUAUUUUUUUAAUACAUUUUAACGCUCUACUUCCUUAACCACGCAUCUUUUUGUACUUGUAUAAAGGCUUUUUUUGUAGAAAAAAGAAUAAAAAAAAGAACGUCGCCACCGUUGAAA